AUGAAGGCACAAGUGGUUACGGGAUUCGCGGCUACAGCCACAGCCGCUGCUGUUGCUGCCAACAGGAAUGUUGUCGCAUCCCUCAUCUCGACCCCCUCCUCUCGCUCCCCCAUCUCAAUCCCCUCGUCUCGCCUCAUCUCGUCCCCCUCCUCUCAGUACCUCCUCUCAAUCCCCUCCUCUCACUCCCUCAUCUCGCACCCCUCCUCUCAGUCCCUCAUCUCAACCCCCACCUCUUGCUCCCUCGCCGCGAUCCCUUCGUCCCACUCCCCCAUCUUGAUCCCCUCCUCUCAAUCCCUCGUCCCAAUCCCCUCGCCUCGCCUCAUCUCGUCCCCCUCCUCUCACUACCUCGUCUCGCUCCCCUCCUCUCACACCCUCCUCUCGAUCCCCCCCUCUCACUCCCUCAUCCCUGUCCCCUCCUCUCACUCCCUCUCACUCCUCCACCACCUCCCUAUCCCCCUCUGCUCGCCCCUCCAUCCUGAAAGCACCUGCUACCUCCAUGGCUUCUUCUCCCAGAUUUGGCAAGCGGGGGGCCCUAAAUCAGCAGAAGAAGGGGGGUACCGGGCCAUUGCACGAAGGGCAUUGUGGCAUGGAGACACCUCUGAUGACAUGCUUGCUGAUAACAUCCUUGCUGCUGACAUCCGACCUGCUGCUGACAUCCGUCCUGCUGCUGACAUCCGACCAGCUGCUGACAUCCGUCCUGCUGCUGACAUGCGUCUUGCUGCUGUCAUCCGUCCUGCUGCUGACAUCCGUCCUGCUGCUGACAUCCGUCCUGCUGCUGACAUCCGUCCUGCUGCUGACAUCCGUUCUGCUGCUGACAUCCGUUCUGCUGCUGACAUCCGUUCUGCUGCUGACAUCCGUUCUGCUGUUGACAUCCGUGCUGCUGCGCCUGCAGUGUGCCAGGUCUCGCUCGUCGAUGACGCCCCGUUCGUCGCAGCGAUCGCCACGUCCAUCGCACUCUCAGCCGCGCCGCUCGUCCUACCGUCGCUCCCGCUCCUUUCGGGAAAGACGAAAGGAUCGGACGAUGACGAUGCUGCAGCAGCGGCGGCCGCGGCGCUGCUGGCCGCGGGAGUAGGGGUGGGGGACGGGAAGGGGGAGGCGGAGGGGGAGGAGGCGGAAGGGGCGAUGUCUUUGGGGGAGUUGCGCGCGGGGGUGAUGACGGUGUGCUGGGUGCUGGCGUGGAUCGACUCCCGUGAUGUCAAGUACAUCCUCUUUGCGGCGGUCUAUGCCGCACCGUAUGCCAGGGGCGGUCUCACCCUGGCAAUGGACGGCAACUGGCUCCCUCUCUUCAGCAUUGCAGCAUGUGCAUUGCAUGUCCAGGUUGACAAUGUAGCUGUGGAGCGAAGGAAGCUGGCCUCCAAGAUUAAGUGCGCCAAGAAAAAGGGCAGUCUUCCAGGUAGUGCCAAGGACAAGGGCAGCAACACAAAGCAGAGCAAGUGA